UGCCAAAUAUUACACAUACUCGUAGUUGUCUUUAGUCAUUAUUAAACUUAAUAUAGAAGCGCCAUGACACACAAAAUGUGGAUGAAAAUAUUUUUAUUGUGCGUUUGUGGAUUCACAAAAUCUUUAACCACUUCCUUCGAUCUUGGAGGUGUUUUAUCAGGGAAUCGAAUGGCGGGCGUGCCUCUCGGCCGGUCGCUGGGCGACGGAGAACUGGAUGUAGAAGGAAUAUGCUCAGAAGCGGGCGUCACCUGCCAAAACUGUACCCACGCCGUUACCUGUAUACCCUUGCCCGUGGGCUGGUUAAAGUUGCCGUUACAAGAAUGUACAGACGGGACCACCUGUAAUGCGAACCUUGGCCAGUGUUCGACGAACCAUGUCCCCGAGUGUAACAACAAGCUGGCGACAUACGAGCAUGUGUGCGAACAGGUGGGUAUAUUCCCUGAUGCAUUCGACUGCAGAAAGUUCCACCUCUGCUCGCCACCAGAAGGUUAUCCCGAUGGAAAGCCAGCCGACCGCAGAUCAGCAUUAUGUCCAAGACAUUAUGGUUACAACCCGUAUACCGCACAAUGCUCGGUAAAACUAGCCAAAGGUCAGUGUUCAGAAACUCCGGUUCCAGAAUGCACGAAAAUAGGCCAAACCGGUGCCCUACGGUACAGCGUGAACCAUUACUAUGUGUGUUUAUCGAAAAGAGGUCGUAUAUACCCCCAAAUAUUCCUCUGCCCCAACGGCUGGUACUUCUGGGAGGGUUUCUGCCGUUCCCAACCACCAAUCGAGAAGAUCACGGAGGAGCCAACCACAGAAAUAGAGGACACGACCACAGAAGAGACAACAUCGAAGUUAGCAAACUUCUUCUCCACAGAAAAGAGUACCACAUACACGGCAGACACGUUUCUGGCUGAUAAAUUCGAUCUGUCCAAUUAUGAAGCGGUUGAUACAGUCCCCACGAGUGACGACUUCGUCAACUCAUACGAGACCGGUUUGGAUAUUUGGUGAUUUUAAUCACCGAUGAACAAAGUCAUCACCGACGUUUAUAUACAUAUGUGACCAGAAAUUAAUGAACUCAUUGUUUUUUAUUCGAUAUCUAUACAUAUAUAUGUUAAAUUAUAUAGAUAGAGUGUCUCCAUACAAAUGCUUCGAGAAAAGUGAAUCAACUUUUUCAUACUACACAAUUUUGCGUAAUAAAUAGUUAUGAGUGAUUCCUUUAUAACUUUUAUAUUUAUUUUGUCUUAUAAUUUUUGCAUCUUUUUAAUGCGUAAAAAUCAUUUUGUUUAUGAAAUAAAUAAAUAUAGAUAUUUGAAGAUACAUUUUUGACGUAAGUCUAAAAAGAAUAAUUAAAAAACGAAUCAACUAAUUUGACAAUUAGGUGACAAAAAGUUUGCUCGCAUUGUAUUGUAAAAUUUUUAUUGUACAUAAUUUAUAUAGGACACAUUAAAAGAUUUAAUUUACAAUGGCGGACUUAUACCACAGAGGGAUCUCUUACAGUCAACCUUUGAGAAGCUGAAAGAAAGAAAACUGUAGAAUGUACUGUUUUUGAGGUUCGAUGCUCUAUCUAUAUAAUCCAAGAUAUAUAUGUAUGUAACGGAAAAUGAUUGAACACACUGUUUGUAUGUGCGAGACGAGACACUGUAACACAAUGCGCCAAACAGUAAGACAAUUGUCGAAAAGAGCUAGUUUAUGAAUUUCUCGUUACAUCUGUUAUCAUCGUUACAUCGAAUAAAAAAAAAGGAACAUAUGUUUUAAAAUCAAUAAAAAAUUAUAACCAUCCUCUUUAAAUUAUACUUUAAUAAUUAUACAAUUAAAAUAAUGCAACUAUUGCAAAAUAUAUAUU